AUUAGCUGCCUGGCAUAUCUGCUAAGCAGACUUUAGUUAUCAUCGAAUUCCUAAAUCAAACAAAAAAAUUCUAAAAUUUCUUUCAAUAACCCACUACUACAACAUUCUCAGCUAUUCUUCCGCGUUAUUUCAAAUAUCUUCGUGUUGUCCUGUGAUUGCAAAUUGCCGAAUUAGUUACGUCACUGAGCCAUUUUGAAAAUCUUUGUUUGGUAUCUAAAUAACUUGGUGUGUGCGGAAGUUUUCUUAACGAAAGCUUCAAUAACUUGUUUCUGAAAAGUGUUCCAGGGUAAAUCUUCAAAAUUCCUGUCCCCACGAAAAACAGAGACCAUACCGCACCAAACGGUAGUGGUGAGAUGAAUAAGAGGAAUAAGCGGGGUCCUGUAAGGACACAAAGAAAUCGGUCCGUUACUGCAGAAGGUGUCUAUGGCAACCAUCAUUUUAUGCACACAGCGACAGCCCAAGUGGGAACAAUUGUUAGAUUAAAAACUAAAGGAGAAGACGUUUGGGAAGGUAUCCUCAAGACAUUCUCUAGUAAUUUUGACGUAGUGUUGGAAGUAGCCACCCUGAUCGGAAAAGCCGACUGUCCUAAUGCCUCUGCUCAAAUAGGAACACUGGUGGAUAAGUUGAUAUUUCCAAUAACAGAUGUCGUUAGCAUUUCGGGGAGAGACGUUGAUCUCACAUACGCCACAAGAGAUACCUUUCAGACGGAUUCUGCCAUAUCCUCAAGAUUGAAUGGUGCCAAUCGGGAAGACAGAGAGUUAGAACCUUGGGAAGGCGAACUGAAUGGAAAUGAUACUCCAUUAGAAUUGGACAGUACGGCAAAUGGAUGGGACGCAAAUGAUAUGUUCAAGAAAAAUGAACUGGAAUAUGGCGUUACCAGUACAUUCGAUACUUCGCUUAGAGGUUAUACUGUGCCACUGCAGCAUUGUGACAGUGCAGACUAUAGGGAAGCAGAAGCUAAAGCGAAUCAAAUCGCUACAGAAAUAGAAAGCCAGCCGAGUCGUAAGGCGAGACUCGAACUAGAAAACGGCGACGAGGAGAGUAUAUACGCCGCAGUAGUUCGCCCCCAAAGCGAACCAAACGGGAAAUAUAUCCCCCCCGCCAAGCGGAAGAACCAGAACUCUGGCAAAAUCGCGCGAACUAGUCCACCGCCUUCCCAGACGCAGUGCUCAUCUUCAAAUAGCUCGCCGACCAGCAACGCCAUGCCGCCGCCGGCGCAACAAUCGUCAGCUCCCAAGAGCGCGCAGACCGUACCGGUUACAACCUACACGCAACAGCCGAUUAAUGUGCCUAUACAGCACAUGCCCCCACCCCAAACGGUACAGCCACCUCCACAAAAUCAGGUUCCAGUUCCACAACAGAUGCCCUCCCAAACGCCGGUGGUGAACCAAAACCACCAACCUAGACAAAAUCAUACUUACAGCCGUCAGGGUGGACAAAAGGGCCAGCAUAUGAACGGCGAGACCAAACAAUUACUUAGAGGUCCCCGAAAUGUAUAUCCAUCAGGGCCUCCCCCUGUGGCGCAGGUGCAACAGCCACCUCCCGUCCCUGUACCUGCUUUUCAGGGAGGCGAAAUACCUCCAAAGAUGAGCGAAAUCAACCACAGCAAUCAUAUUAGGCAUCACCGGGAGGAGGUGAAAGAUUUGCAACAAUUCUCUCAAGAUUUUCAGUUGGGACAAAAAGAUGCUCAUCCUCAAGGACCUCCACCGCAGCAACCCAUCUCUGACCAACAGAUUUUAUCGCAACAAACGACACAAACCAGCAUAAAACCACAGGCAGGUGACAUACCUCCACCGCAGCCCUCUCCCUCUCCACAGCAAGAUACAGCGGUGGAUAAAAUCACUACAACACUGAAGAAAUCUAAUUUGAAUCCCAAUGCAAAAGAAUUUGUUCUGAAUCCAACCGCCAAGCCUUUCAUGCCUAGGUUGGUACAUUAUAAUAGGUACCGAGCACAAGUUGAUUCAUUGAAUCAAAUUAGAAUGAAUUCCAGGUCCCCGAGUACCCCGUCGCUAAGCAGGCCUCACACGCCACAAACCCCGAGCCAUACUCAGUUCAUCUCUACGACCAUUAAUGGACCAAUGGGUCAACCGCCUACGUCCAUGAUCGUACCGAUGGGCUACAUGGUUCCGGGUCAGGCUCAGUAUCCUCAGCAGCCUCAGGGUAAUAGAAUUAGGAAAAUACCCGUGGGACAGCUUAGGGGGGAUUGUACGCAGAUGCAAGUCGCUGCAGCCACCGGUCAGCCACUCCUAGCCCCAGCUCCGAUAGGACAAUUUGUCUAUCAGCCAGGCUUGAACCCUGCCACCUACCAUCAGAUGCAUGGUGUCCGAAUGUACGACGCCCCACCCCAACUGCAGUAUCUUCCUCCACAAGCCUCACAGGCAGGAGGACAACCCACUCAGCCUCAGUAUGCGCAGGGUCAGCCUCCACAGGCUCCUCCCCAACAAUAUCAAGCGGCUCCACCUCCUCAAGGAGGAGUCCCAACUCAUCAGUAUCUGCCGAUGUGCAACUUAAUUCCUCAGCCGCACAUGCUUCAAGGCAUGCAAUACCUCUCGCAAGUACCACCUCCUCAGCAUCACAUACCACUGAUUUUGCACAAUCAACAACAUCAAGUGCAUCAAGGCCCGGCAUAGCCCUGAACUUGAGGACUAAGGUGCGAAGUGCGUUAGUUGAAAUUGAGGAAUAAUUGAAUUUUCUCUAUCGUAUUUUCGUGGGUCUCCCUAAGACCUACGGUCAUAAAGUGGUGUUCUGAUCGAUUUCUGGACCUUUCCUUGACAAGGAUCAAAUGCCUAUAGUUCCUAAUUGUUAAAACCCUGGGGUUUGGUGUGUUUUUCUUUCCGCCUAGACGACCUUAUGGGGAGCAAUUGACGAAAUAGCAUAUCUAGACGAUGGCUUAGGUUGCAGUAACUAGAGAUUGACCUUUUACCCUGGUGGUAACUUAUUUAUUUGUGUUGGCAAUCCUGGAAAUGUUCCAUAAGAGUCAGUUAGGAGCUGAAUAAUUUAUCAGCGACAUUUUUAGGAUUGCCAAUGUGAAAAAAUAUAUGGUGUGAUCAAUAUAUAAUUCAAUAAGAAUUCUCUGUUACUGUUUCAGUAAAUUCUUUUGAUUUAGUAUAGCACAGAGUUUCCUGUAUAAUAAACAACAGUAUGAAUUUAUAGAUUAAUUUCAUUUUCAUCUAUGUGUUUUCACUUGAAACUAUCUAUAUUUCUAUACCAUUUGAUUUGAUUUAAAAAAAAAUAUCUUGAUACCCUCUGCUAUAUUAAACAAAAGAAGUUGAGAAAAUAAGUGAGGAAUUAGUAUAUAUAUAUUGUUUUUUUCAUUACUUGGAAUAGUUUUUGUUACAUUUGUGAAGUACCAGAAACUAAUAAAAUUGAUGUAUGUUGAAGAAAAGAUAACCUAAACUGAAAAUUAUAUUCUGACUGCAGUCCGCUUGAACAUCACAAAAUUAUGUCAUAUUGAAUUGCUAGGAUUGUUUUAUAAAUUUCUUCAAACAAUACAUUGAAAAUAAUUUUAUCAAUAUAUUAGUUUCUACAUUCUUACUCAUGUUUCUAAACAGUGUAUUCUUUAAAUAUACUCAACUGAGUCAUUGAUUAGCUUUAUUUUGUUUUAUCAAAUUUAACUUCAAAGAAAAAAAGCUCUACUAUUCCAACCAUAUUCUUGUAAAAUUCAUAUUUGAUGUACAUCAUUAUCUUCAAAUAAUGAAAUAAUAUUAAUAAGUUCAUAUGAGUAAUUGAAAUUUUUUAUUAAUGUUAGCCCUGGUUUUUUUUUUUUUUUUUUUGAAAAUUCUCUAUUGAAUAACUGGAAAAAUGUAAAUUUGAAAAAGGAAGAACACACCAAUGUUUUAUUUUUCAAUACUAUUUUGGAAUCGUUGGAACACUACGUUUGUUAGUUACACAAAAUUGUUAAUUUAUCUAUUUUAGAUUUAAUUAUUUGUUUUUAUAAUUUGUUGGAAUUCUUCUUAAUAUGGAGUUUUCACAGAAGAAAUAGUUAGGAAUAUCAAAUUUCAUUAAAAAUAUAUUCUGUUCGUUCUGAUACAAUCAUCUUUGUAAACUAACAGCUUAAUAGUUGUGCAGUAAGUUUAUAAUGGUUGUAUUCACAGAAUAAUCAGGUAUAAUUUACAUAAAUUUUUUUCAGAAGAAGCAGCUCUCUACUUAUGCUUCUUUGAAUUAUGGAACCUCUAAUUUUUUUAUGAGGUUUUUCGAUUAAUUUUUUACAUAUUCAUUUCGUCUAUAGAACUUUUCACUUUUGUGGAGGUUUGAUAAAAUUUCAGAUUGAGAUUAAACUACAUUUCCAUUCCAUUUUAAUUAUUUUCUAGUUAAUAUUUUGGAAGUUUAAUAAAAAAAUAUUGAUCUUCAUCAGAUAUAAGUAUCUAAAAUUAAAAAAAAGGGGAAUUUGGGACUCUUAAAACAAAUUGUAUCUUUAAAGAAUAGAAACUGUUUGUUUGAGAAAAAUCCAAAUGGCGUAAUAUGUUGAAUGGGGGUGACCUAAACACUAGUCACAUACAUAAGGGAAUGAAUAUUGCCUUUUUGAAUUAAUUAUAAGAUGCAUAUAAAUGGUCACACCUUAUAAUAUGAGGACUAUUUUUCUCAACUAAACUGUAGGUUCUUAAAUUUUCAAACAUAUUAAAAAAAAAUUCCAAUUUGUAUUCUUUAGUUGUUCCACCUAUCAUUUUGUCAUCGACUAAAAUAAAACAUCAUUUUGAUGUGAAUUGUCAUUUCAGCUCUUUUUUAAGUACCAAAUCCUGACCAAUACGAUUUAUUGAAAAACCAAAAUUUAUAAUGUAUAUAUCGUAAUUGGACAGGUACUUAUACUAAGGUGCCUUAUCGACUUCAUUUAUUAAUUUUUAAUAUGAUUGAUCCACAUUUGAAAUCUGUAUUGUCCGAUAUAACAUUUGGCACCUUUUUCCACUUGUUUGUUCAAUUGAAUUAGUAUUAUCAGGUUGUUUUGAUCAUUAAUUGUACAAACUCACUAUUUCGAUCUUCAACCAAAAAAUUUGAUUGGAAUUCAAGAGUUUGUUAUAACAUCAAUCCUUUAUGCCAUGUUGGCAUUGUCACUGUCUUAAAUUGUCAUUACACCAUAUAUUUUUUUUUCGCAAAUAAAUUAUUAGUUUAUUUGUA